CAAAACAAAAAAUGGAUGCAGAAAGAGACGUAGGUAAAAUUCGCAUAACGGGCAGUACUCUUUCUGAAGAACUUGCUACAAUUAAAUCUGAAUUAGAGUUUUUUACACGACAGUUAGAGGAAUCCAAAUCGGAGAUAUCCAACGCACGCCAUCAAAUAGCUAUGAUAGAAAUUUGUACAAGUUCAGAAACAAGUAAGGUCAGCAGUCACGUAGAGCAUUUGAAUGCUCACCGAGAAGGAUACUAUGUCUUGUUUGAUAAAGAACGUACGCUAUCUGAAGUACGAGAGAAAGAGUUGAGAGAGAAGGAAGCCGAAGAGUUGGAGUCGGAGCGGCAAAAGCUAAAGAUUGUGACCGCGAGGAACGACCAGCGCGCGCGGGAGGCUGCCGUGUUGGACGCUGAAAGUCAUGCCAUUGAGCAGGCCUGUGUCGUAUUAAAGAAACGAAAUAACGCAAUAAUGCUGAAAUUAAGAAGAAAACUUGUUGAAACCGAAGACAUUCGACGAGAACUUCUAAAGCAGAAAGAACAAGUCAAUGGUAAUGGUAAUCAUACCCAGCAAAGUGAAUACCUAAUCAUUUAG